GGCUCUUGUUCCUGUUUAUAUCUUCAGAUGUGAAACUGAAGUUCUCUCAGCUGGAGGCAGACAGACACAAAAAGGUCGUUGGAAUGUAAGCUGCGGGUCUCCAGACGUGUCCGCAAGGAAAUGGACGAGAUACGUCCUUUGUUGGGCAGCCAGAUUUCUGGGCAACCACAGGAGGGCCAAGACCUUCUCUCUCCAAACCUGAGGCCCAGACACCAGCAACUGAUCCCAACACCAUGUGGACCGAUAAAGCCCUGGUCGGAGCUAUCAUGUCUGCUCAGGCUCUACUUCUGCUUCACCAUAGUGUCUCUGUUGGCGCUGCUCGGCCUCACCCUGUCCAGCAUCUACAAGCAGCGCAUGGACACGGAUGCGUCUGAUGAGGACAACUUCACUGUAUCUCUCAUCCAGUUUGUUGGAAUACUGUUCUGCAUCUACUACAUCAGCCGGGGAGUACUGCAGGAGAACAGACAGGAGCUGGUGGUGUUUGUGCUCAGCGUGUUGGGGGUGAUGGUUCGAUCUGUGGUCAACUUCUCUGUGCUGGGGUCAAAGAGCAAGCAGGAGCUGCUGGUACGUUUUGUGUGCAUCAUGUGUCUGGGCAUUAUCCACGUCUUCUGCACCACACUGCUCAUAAAGAGGCCCAACAUGAUGGCGUUCCGUGUGGGCGGGGCCCUGGAGACCCUCCAGGAGCAAUAUUUCCUGCUUAACCUCUGCUUCUCCAUGGUGACCUUUGACCUUCAGGCUCAGUUGUGUCUGUGUAUCCUGAUCACAACAUCGGACUCGGCCAUGUCUGCUGCCCACAGCAUCAUCCUGGGAAUCGGAGUGGUGUGGGCCUGCGUGACGGCUGCUGUCGGGGCUGUUGCGGUUUUAAAGGAAGCCAAGGUCCUAGUUUGGGUCUUUAUGGUGCAGAACCUUCCUCAACUAGCCUUCUUUGUUUAUCUGAUGUACACGGUGGUAGAGAAAUGGCCCCAGGACAGCACGUACACCUUUGAGGCAGCUGCUGUCACUGGAGCUUCAAUUUCACUGGUGAUCAAAGUGGUUUUAAUCUGGGGCCUCAUCAGACUUGUGCACAACUUCGGCCAAGGCCUGAGGGAGAGGAUGUUCGCACCCAGCAAGUGAUAAAACAUCCGAUGGUUGUGGACCAAGGACACAGCUGCGUGCUGAGGGCCAACAUGAAGAAGCACAGUGGUGCUGACCAUGGAGCUCAUAUUUCCAUUAAACAUCAACUCCACCAAAAUGAUCAGUUAGCUGAGAACGUUUCUUGACUGAUGUUGUGUUUACUGUAUAGAUUUUAUUUUACACUUUUUUGUCAGUGUGCCUAUCUACAUGAUGUAAAACUCCACAAAUCUACUGCACUCAAACAUUUUUGAAUGAAAUUACUUCAAAUGCCUUUUAAGAUUGGCUUUCUCAUGUUUUUGCAUUUUCAUUUUUACUGUCAUAUUCAUUGUAAUAUCUAAAUCCUUUGUAGGCUCUGUGUGUACGUGCCAAAUAUAUAUUUUUUUUAAAGCCAACAUCUUUUAGGAGCUUUUAUCUUAAACGUUUUUUUUUUUUGUUUGUUUCCUUCCUGUACAUGACAUUGACUGAGUUUCGUUUGCUUUUAUAAAUAAUAAUUGUCUAACUUACUGUAAAUGUUGUGCUCUGUAUUGUCUAGACUUGUCUUUGGACAACACUGGAAUAUUUUUAUUUAACUUUCUCCUACACUAUAAUGCACUUACUUACUCAAGUGUUUUUUCAUUCAAGGUUCUUAAUAAAAUAUUUUACACAAUA